GAUAAUUUAUCAAGAAUAAAAAUGGGGGUAGAACAAAUGAGAAACACAUCAUUUUCAAUGAAAUUUAUACCUCUCGGCGCAUGAAUUUUCGUAACAAAAUUUUUGCAAAUUCACCUAAUACACUUCCAUAGGCUCCUACAAUAAAUAAGGGAAUAUAUGCGCGUGAUAAGGACUUCCCGAUGGUAGACUAAGUUUUCUAUGUUAUUCUCUAAAUCGCACUUAGAAAACACGUGUGCGGAUCGAAGAAGCGCACAAACUGAUAUCUAUGUUUUCUUAUUAGGAAUGGAACAUUGGGGUUGGCGCCCAAUGGAACGCACAUUCAAGCUUUGUGUUCCGUAGAACAGCAUGGCAACAGAGGUUGCUGCAAAUGUCAAUUGUGAUGAAGAAAUUACAGCACUGGGCCGUGUCCAACAAGCGAGAGACGACACAAUGGAAAAUGCAGACAGGCCUUCUGAAUUCAACACAACCGGGAAGGGAACGCAACCUCAUGACCCCAGCAGCGGCGGAGGACACGGAGGAGUACCCGGUCCUAUAGCUGAUGGGCAAGUAGGAGUAAGAAUUAAUAAUUCUAUGGAUUCUCAUGGUCAGCAAUCGAUGAAUAUGUCGAAGGAUGGUAAUGUGACAAAGACGCCAAACUGCAACUCAACAGGCCAGUCAGACGGCGUGCUUCCGCAAGCGGGUCGUCCAAACGCAGGCUCGUACAACGGGCCAAGUCCAAACGUUGAUCCCUUUUCUAGCGGUGCUUUACCUCAAUACAUGGAGAAUAGCAGUGGUAAUAAACAAGCGUCUUUUGGUCAAGAUGGUUAUGGUGGUGGAUAUUUUGGAAAUAGAAACAAUGGAGGGUAUGGAAUGAACCAACAUGGCGGACCUGGUAUGACAGGAAAUGCAAACUCUGGUGCUGGAGCCCCAAAUCAAGCCAUGGCACACACAAGCACAUACAAUCAGUUUGAUGGGAAUAUGAACUCCAGGCCAGGAUACCCAAAUAUGUCAAAUCGCAGUGGAAUGGGCUCACCGAUGGGCCCAGGCAGUUCGGCCGCUUAUGGCAGCUCACACAAUCCACGAGCGUAUGGGCCAGGAGACCGAAUCUCGAGCACAGCUCCAACUCUUUCACAACUUUUACAAGGACAAAAACACCCUACUCACAGUUUUUCAGGAAAUUUUUCAGGGCACAGUGAUGUGAGCCCAGGAAAGGGACCUGAUGCUGGUUCGAUGGGAAUGAUGGGACAAGGAGGUCCUUAUCAAUCUCAGUGGCCCAAUAGAGGCCAAAUGCAACAUCCAAUGGGACCAUAUGCUCAACGCAGUCAGAUGGGAAUGAUGCCUGAUGGUCAGAGCCCUAUGCAGAAGAGACCAUAUCCUGGUGGCCCUCCUGGACCCUAUCAGAAUCAGUAUGGUGGCCGCCAGUUCUCGGGCAUGUCACCUCAGAUGUACCCCAACCCAAUGUAUCCUGGUAAUCGGUCAUACAAUGCACCUGGCGGUGGCACCAGUGGUGGGGGCAGCAGUGGUGGUGCUAGUGCCGGUAGUGGUCAGUUUCCUCAACAGAUGUCCCCUCACUAUGGUCUAACAAGCCAGUCGCAAGGCACCAACUACAGUUCUCCUUCGGGCUACUCGCCUCAGGGAGAUGGUAGCGGUGACGGCAACAGUGUUUGGGGACCACCCUCCCAAUCCAUGCAACACCAAGGACCACAAUCACAAAUGUGGAACCAACAGCCACAGCCACAGCAAAACAUGGUUCAUUCUCCCCAUCCCCAGCAACCACAAUCACAACAACCAUCACCACAUUCUGGGCCACAGUCCCAACAAAGUAACCAACCCAAUCAGCCACCACAGUCACAGACUGGUCCUGGGGAAACCCAGCCAACACCGCCUGCACAACCACAACAACAACAACAACAAGAGCAGCGGCAACAGCAGGAGCAACGGCAACAGCAGCACCAAACAUCACAACCUCAACAAAACCAAAACCAACAACAACCCACUUCCUCUCAGCAACAAAGGAACUUCCCAAGUAGUAGAAGUAGUAACAGCAACCAACAAUCUGCAUCAUCGCAGAAUUCGUCAUCUUCAUCAUCGUCCAAUAAGGCAGAUGGUUCAAUGAAUAGACCGCCAAGCCUACCAGACCUAUCAGGAUCAUUAGAUGAUCUUCCUACAGGAUGUGACUUCAACAGCCAGUCAUCGACUUCAUCAGGAGGGGCAGCAGCAGCGACAACGACUGGUUCAACAGCGGGCAACUCCAGCAGCCAUGCCACCGCCAACACAAGCAGCAGCUCUACCAACCAUAGUGGAAGUGGGGGUUCAUCCACGUCUACCGCUCCACCCCUCUCUCCCGCCACCUCAGUGCAUUCGGUACACUCGCCCCAUGUGCAUCCUUCUGUCACGGCCCUCAGACCUUCCCCUUCACCUGUAGGAUCACCUUCAAGCCAUUUAUCACGCUCUUCUCAAUCGCCAGCUAGUGUUCAUGGUGGGUCAAUGACACCUCAGCCAUCUCAGCCCCCUUCAAACACACCGGAAGCUCCUUCACAGACACCACCAUCAGCUUCAGCAGAUAGCAGAGGAUACAAUCAGCAUGGGAUGAACUGUGGUAAUAGCAGUGGUACUGGUGGUUCCGCACAAAAGCCCCCUCCUUACAAUAGCCAGCAAGGACCUGCGUCCAAAUUGCCUUCCCAGAAUCCUUCAGGUGGGAUGGGCGGGGGCCCGCCCCAGUAUUGGGGCUACCAGGGCCAAGGUGGCGCUGGUGGCACUGCUGGUGGUUACUACAACCAAAAUAUGAGUCAUUAUAACCAGCAAGGUAACUAUGGAAGGCAGACAGGGCCACAGGGAUAUGGUGGUCAUCAUGGCAAUGUACCGAGCUCUGCACCAAACAACUCUGGCAACAUGAGCUAUGAGCAACGGAUGCGAAACAAUAGUAGUGGUAGCAGUGGUGGGGGUAGUGGUAUGAAUAUGGAAAACAACUCUCAACAUAGUGGAUACAACUCAAGCAACAUGUCCAAUGCUAGCCAUGGGAUGGGAGCUAACAACCAAUCUGGACCUAACAACAUGAGCCCAAAUGUAGCACGUGGUGGACCAGGCAUGAGCCCUACGUAUGGAUAUGGACCAAAUGCUCAAGGGCAGAUACAUAGGACAGAUAACAUGGGCUCUGGCCCUUCUCCUGGACUUUCCCCCGGUCCGUCUCCAGGACCUGGUGGUGCGGGGGUCGGUGGAGGAGCUCAGGCAGCAGCUGCAGCUGCUGUUGCUGCCGCAGCAAACUCUGCCCACCUCAACAAGAGGAACCAGUACCCUUUGAACCAGCAGAUGCAAGGACAGCAACCGCCUACACCCCUCCCCAACCAGCAGCAGGGUUCAUUUCCCCAAUCCUUUCCCCAGCAGCAGCAGCAGCAGCAGUGGAACCAGCAGUCGUUUAGGCAACAUCAACAGUACAGCCAGGGCAAUGGUCCCCCGUUUUCUGGUGGUGUGCCACCGACAAGUGCAGACCAAACAAACUUUAACCAAAUGCCUUCUUCAGUGCCCAAUGAUGCUAUGCAUGGUUACAUGCAUCCUAGUUCUGGUAACCAGAUGCCUCCUCAUACAGCUGCAACUACAAUAGCCAAUACUAAUUCUGGAAGCAACAGUACGUCAGUAACCCAGAGUAUCACAACUCCAGUAGCAUCCUCUGUCAGCUCACUCACACCAAGCACGGCUAGCGAAUCGAGUAGAGAUGCCGGCACUCCUGGAACACCUCAUUCGAUUAUCAAGGAGGAAAAUGUAUUGUCCAGACCUCCAUCAGUUCAUUCCAGACCGUCACCUUUAGCUUCACCUGGGGCGAUGAGUAAAUCCUCCCAGGAAGACAUGGCUAAUACCCCUAGCCCUGGGAUGGGUAUGCAACAGGCAUCAGGACCAGGACAUCCACCACAGCCACAUCAGCCACACCAACCUCCCCCUCCCUACCCUGGUAUGUACCACCAACAACAUCAGUCCCUUCCCCACCCCCAGCAUCACCCGCCACAACACAUGCAGCAGCAGCAACAUCAUUCACAUCAACAGCAGCAUCAUCCUGGCCAACAGCCACCAACACCACAACAUCCUGGCCAGCAUCCACCUCCGCAACAUCCUGGGCAGCAGCCGCCGUACUCGCAACAGCCACCAACUCCGCAACAGCAACAAGGAGCUGCUCCGGUCACUCCACAACCAGCACCUACCCCCAAAACUACGGCAUCUUCAACAACGACAACCACCACUUCGAAGUCGAAGAAGGGUCAAUCGCAGGAGCCUGCUAGUAAACUUACCAGUCUGAACUUGCCUAAAAAGUUGUACAAGCUGUACGAGUUGUGCCCUCACCCGGAGAGACGUGCUUUUCUGGAUCGUCUCUUCAAGCUAAUGGAGGAUAGGGGCCAGCCCAUCCGCACCAUGCCACAGAUCAGCAGUCACGUCCUGGAUCUCUUCAAGCUCUACAACACUGUCAAAGAUAGGGGUGGUGUUAUCAAGGUGUCGAAGAGCAAGCAAUGGAAGCAGAUUGCAAUUGAAAUCUCUGUAGGCAACUCCAACAGUGCGGCCUUUACAUUGAAGAAGAACUACAUCCGUCACCUGCUGGCGUAUGAGUGCCUCUUUGAUAGGGGUGGUAUAGACCCACAGCAGAUCCUGGCAGAGAUUGAUACUACCUCCACAAAGAAGUCAAAGGACUCUUCAUCAGCAGCAGCGGCGGCAGCAGCAGCAGCAAUGAAUCAUCACCCCAAUCCUAGCGAUCCCUACUCGCAGUUUGGUCCUCAGGGAGGCAAGCCAGGCUUUCCACCCAUGCCCAACCAGAUGCACGGCUACGGCCCGCCCUCCAUGUACGGAAACAACAUGGGGCCCAUGGGUCCACAUAUGGGUCCACGUCCGAACAUGCCCAACAGCAACGUCCCUGGGAACAUGCAUCCGGGAGGCCCAGGCGGGGACAUGUCAGCUAACAGCGUGAUGGUGUGUGACCCUUUUGCGGAUAUGGACUAUCAGCAUGGAGGGCAGCAGCAGCAACAGCAACAAGGACCUUACCCGGGACAAAAUGCAAUGAAUGGUUCAUUCCCGCCCAACAGCCAUGCUGCCAUGAACCACCAGUUUAAUAGGAACAAUAUGGGAGGAGGGCCACCCAGUGGUCCGGGGGCCUCGGGCGGAGGAAACAAUAUGCCCUUUGGAGGACCUCCAGGGCCUGGAGAGUCUGAUCCGUAUUCCAUGCCAAACAGGAACAUGCCUUGCAACGACCCAUACGCAAUGAACAGCUACACGAGAAGGGGUAACAUGGAUCCCUACAGUGGCGGAGGUGGUGGUGGUGGUAGUGGAGGAGGAGCAGGUGCUGGCCAGGGAUCUGGUCCGAUGAACCAGGCCAAUGCUGGGCAGUAUGCUGGAGGAAACCACCCACCUGGUGCUCCGAACUUUGAUCAAAACAGGUAUAGUGCAUCACCUACAACGCACAUGACACCAAGUCCUAAUCAAGGACCACCAUCAUCGGGUCAGUCUAUGAUGCCUCCAUUCUCCAGUUCCUCCACACCAGACCCACAGCAGCAGCCUCCAUUUACUUCCCGCUUUGGCUCCAGCUCUAGGCCUACCACACCCAGUGACUCUCAUACCUCGGCUUCCUCAUCCCCAUUCCUUCCCCCGCCAUAUUCUGCAGCUGGGCCUUCACCGGCUAAGCAGUCUCAAGGACAGCAGCCACCUGCAACGAGUCAGGCCAGCCCGAGUGUUCCACCAUCUCAACCCGCCCAGUCCCAGCAGCAGCAGCAGCAAAUGCCGCAAAAGCCACCAACCCCAACCCCUACCCCGCCAAAAGGUCAAACCCCUCCACAGCCUUCACCACAGUCUGGGCCUACUUCCCAACCAUCAGGACCUCCUGCUCCAGGCCAGCAGCAGCAGUCACAGUCUGGUGGUAUGCCUCCAUCAAGUCAGCCUCCUCCACAGUCUUUUGGCAAUGAUCCAAUGAGAAUGAAUUUUCCCCAGAAAAGACCAAGUGAUGUCUUUCCACCACCCCCUAAGCGGCCAGACUUCAUGGGGCCAGGCCAGCACACCGGUGAUGGGAGCCACGGCAGUGGACCAGGCUUCCAUGGUAUGCCUCCUUACAGCUCGCAGCAGGGAAACUUCUCCCAGGGUGGGUACGGCAGCAGCGACAGGCCCAUGGGCCCAAGCUCGUUCCCGCCCGUGUACAACGACAGACAACAAUCACCACACCCCCCUCAUGGCCCUGCCCUAGGUAAUCCUGUAAACUCCUACCACCCGCCGUUUUUCAAUGAACCCGGACCCUGGCCAGCAUCUAGUUCAGGUAUGGAUGGUCCACCCAUGGACAUGUACAACCAGAGACACGCCCCUACCCCUUCACCUCGCAAUAUCCCUGGUCCAGGCCCUCCUAUGAGGGAACCAGGCUGGCUCAAUUCUAACUAUCCCUUUCCCUCUGAUCAAGGUGCUAAGCGAGACGGGAUUCCACCGGAAGGAUACGGCAAAGGCAUGCCUCCACCACCGGCCUCCAGCCACUCUGGUCUUGGUCCAUCUCCAUCCUGGGGCAGCGUACAACAGCGUCCACCAGGUAGCAUGAUGAAUCAGAGUCCAUUCACCGGGGCCCGGACGCUCCACUCUGUCCUCACUCAGGGAAUGCCACCUCGUGGUAGCAGUCAUCACCCGCAUCCCAUCUCCAGCAUGCAGGGAAUGAAGCCUCCUCAUAAACCACAGCAACCUGUGUAUGCAUCAUCACAGCAGAAAAAAGAGAUGACUUUCCCCCCAGAUUCAGUAGAGGCAACUCAACCCAUAAUUGUCAAGACCAAACGCAAGACAAGUAAAGAUAUUGGUGCUGUGGAGGCUUGGAAACUGAUGAUGUCCCUGAAGUCAGGCUUGUUGGCAGAGACCACCUGGGCUCUAGAAGUUCUGAGUGUCCUACUCUUUGAUCACCACACCGUGAUGUACUUUGAUCUCAAGCAAAUGAAAGGACUCUUGGAGAUUGUCUGUGAACAUUACAGAGCCCUCCUUAUUGAGAUGUUUGGUUGCUUUGAAGAUCUUGAAAUAAGGACUAAAAGCCAAUUGGAACGUCGCAUCCAAUCUUCAAAGACUGAGGUCAAGGAAGAAAUCAAAGAAGAGGUUCAGGACGAGGAGCGUGAUGAGGAGAAGCUUGAAGACAAUGUGGUAGAGAAUGAUAUUGAUAUUGAUAUUAAUGGAAAGUGCACAAAUGAUAAGACUGAAGCAGAGCUUCUUGCGGAAGCAGCCGACUGUGCUGAUGUGGAGAGAUUGCGUGGUGUUGACAAAACAAAACCCAUCAAGUUUGAUGGGGUACAAAGCGGAUACUUCUGCAACCAGCAAGAAUGGGACGUGCACGAAGGGUUCGAUGCUGGUUCGUUACAUUGGCAGGAAGGCGGAGGAGAAAUGACCAAACAUAUUUUGCGUGUUUUUGAGAGGAUUGAAUCGGACGAGGACAAAGAGAAUAGUGAUGCAAGACGGACCACAAUAGAGUGGUUAACACAUUGUAGUGAAGAAUUGAAGGCAAUCAGAGACUUCGAUGUUGUAGAGGAAGAAAAGCAUGUAAUAUAUGUUUCUGAAUCUCAGAAAAAGAAAGGGGAGGUCGUACUGGAAGAUGAAGAGCAGUUUGUCAAUGAUACCCCUUCACUGGUGACAACAUCUGAUAUGCAAACUGCAUUUGGACAACGCUGUGUCUGUGUUUCCAAUAUAAUCAGGAGCUUGUCAUUCAUACCUGGUAAUGAUCUUGAGAUGGCUAAACACCCAGGUCUCAUCACAGUGCUUAGUCGCAUCCUUCUUCUACAUCAUAGUCAUCCACGCAGGAAAGAGCUGCCCCAAACUUAUGACCGUGAUGACCAGGAAGACUUGGAUCUAGAGUGCCCUAUUACCAACUCUCACAGAUGGUGGUGUGAACACCUAGAGUGCAUGCGGGAAAAUGCACUUGUUACCAUCACCAACUUGGGUGGUGUCCUGGACAUGUCAAAAUAUGUUGAAAGUGUGACUCUACCUAUGCUAGAUGGACUUCUGCAUUGGGCAGUGUGUGUGUCGGCCUGUGCUCUUGAUCCGUUCCCAACCAUGUCUAGUGACUCUCCCCUAACCCCUCAGAGAUUAGCUAUUGAAGCUCUUGCAAAGCUCAGCAUCCAAGAGAAUAAUGUGGACAUGAUCCUUGCCACUCCGCCGUUCCACAGACUCGAGCGCCUCUAUGCCACCUUGACCCAGUACCUCGGUGAACGUUCAGAUCCUGUCAUGCGGGAGCUCUCGUUAGUCCUUCUCAGCAACAUUGCUAGGUCAGACAUGACGGCUAGUCGUGCCAUCGCCACCAAGAACUCUGUUGUCUCGUUCCUCUUGCGCUACAUUGAGGACAGCGAGUACACCAUGUCAUGUGAGAAGAACCCGCCUCACAUGAUAAACCCUGAUCUAGCGAAGCCCAGUCAUGACAUGAUGCGUAGGGCUGCUGAUGCUCUUGCAAGCUUGGCUCGAGUCCCAACCAACAAGGCGCUCUUCCUUCAGCAUCAGAACAGACUGCUUAAUCUCUCCAUGUCACCUCUUUUAGACUCUGAAGUUAAGGAGAGAGUAGCAAGUGCAUUAUAUGAAUUGGCACUUUGACCAAAAUACCUUUAUUAUAAAGAUGAACUCUGUGGAUGAAUUUCUCAUAUUAAUUUCUUUGGAUUGUAUUUGUGAAAAUGCUGUGAACACAACAGACUUCUCACUCUCUUAAAUUAUGGUGAACAGCAUCUUUUAAUUCUGAUAUUUUACUCUGGCUUCAUUAUUGUUCUUUGGUGAUGAUUUUUUUUUUUUAGGAAUAUUAGUUGCAAUCUUUUGGUAGAACACUGGGUUGGAUGUGGUACUGAUGUAAUUACAACAUUCCUAUUGACAUUCUUUGAUUGUAAUUGUCAGUUAUUGAAGGUUACUGCAACUUUCCUUCUUUGCUUUUCUUUUUUUUUUAGAUGCUACUGUGUAGCCUCAACAUGAAUCGGUAAAUUUGUUUAAAUAUCCUGCUCCAUGUUAAAUGCAAAUGUUUAUAAAGGACCUUGUUAGAUAUGAAUUAAUACCUUGUAAGAUUUUCAUAUUUUAGUAAAAACGAUCCUUGCCUGUCCAGAUUGUGAUAUUAAUAUUUAUUUCAAGUAAAGGAAUUGGAUUGCAUUUGAAAUCACUUGUCAUUCUGAAUUGCUUUUGGGGUUAUGUAGACUGUAAAAAUGUAAGGAAGCAAAGCUUUCGAAAGCUUUCUGAGACAUCUGUGCGAUGGGGUAGCAUUUAUUCCUAGAUGUUGUGUACAUCUUGCAUAUGUUAUGUCAAUUGAUAAUGCUGUUUGUUCACCCAAUGGAAUGUAGUAAAGGUUGUUUAUUAAUUUGUGCAUGUCCUAACAAAUGAUAGGAAUAUGGCAGGCUUUUUUCCUAAUCUGUUUUAUUCUCAUUCAUUUAUCGGAAAAGAUGGUAACUUCAAAAGUGUUGGUCAUUAUUCCAGUUUUACAUAUGUCCAUAAGGCUCUUCGGAUAUGGUUUAUAUGAAUUAAAGGCAUGUUUAGUUUGAUUUUAUUAUGUUUCUGACUGAAAUGAAACUAACUUCAGAUCCCCCCCCCUCCCCAUUUGGUAUGAAAUAAUCUCUUAAGCAUGGAAUGGACUGAAAAUAUCAUGAUAUAAUCUUUUGUUUGUAAUGUUUUGCAAUCACGAAAUUCACAAGAUCCUUGGAAGAGGUCUAAGAAUGUAAUGGAAUGUCACAAAUGACAAUCUCAUACGUAUUCUUUUGUUGAACCUUUACCAAAGUUUUAAUAAUAGUGAUAAUAAAUUGGUUCUUAUAUAGUGCAUAGUCAAUAAAAAUUGCUCUAUGCACUUUGUACAAAUUGCUCUCCAAUAUUACAGUUACACUACAACAAAAAUAAAUGUUUUAAAAUUUCUUUUAAAAUAUUCAACAGAAGUACAUGAUCAAAGGUGAAUUGGUAAACUAUUCUAUAAUUUGGGACCGCAAAAAUCAAAACUACCCCCCCCCCCCCCCCCCUUUGAAAUAACUCUAGGAAUUUGUAAAAUUGUAGUGUCUUUACAAGAACGAACAGGUUUUGAAAUAGAUCAGAUAACAUUUUCUUUCUUUUAUAAAAGCAAACUCUUUGAGAGUAAGGUAUUUUUUACCACGAUAGAUCAUUUUAGAAACGGUCACAAUUUGAAAUGUAAAUUUUGUUUAAUUUUGGCUCAAAUUUCAGCACUUCAUAUUCUGAUCAUUUGUUAAGUCAUGCACCUGAACUCAACUUGAUCUUGACCUUAAUAUAUAAUAUAAUUUGUUGAUUAUCCCUUUGUGUUGGUAAUGGGUAGGAAUCCACAUUUGUCAAAUACUGUGGAAGAUAUUUGGCCAUGUCAGUGUGUAAUCUAUAAACGGUGCUUAAAGUGUAUGUCAAGUCAAAUUUAUUCAUGUUGUGCAAUCCUCAAAUAUCUAUUCGAUUUUCCCUGAAGAGUUCUAUUUUCAUUUUCUUAGAAUUUUUUUCUAGUGAUUCUAUUCUUCAAGUAUAGAUUGCAUCUUAAUAUUUUCUCAUUCCAUUUUAUAUCCCGUAGUACAAUUCAUUUUGUAUAAUGUCCAUUUUCCAGGUCUUAAGAAUAACAGUUAAAGUCAAACACUGUAAACAUUAAUCAAAUCAGCUGUUGCUAUGCUAAGACGUACAUUUUAUGAAGAAAUACAUUGCUAGUUGAAUGCACAGAUCUUGGUUAGUUCAGGCAGUGUUUGUAGGCUUUAAUGAGAUGUACACAAAUCAUAUUCUACGGGGCCCAUCGGAGCAUUGCAAUAACACAAGUGCCUGAAAAAGAAAGACUACCGAUUCAUACCAGUGCAUAUCACUGUAUAGUGGGGGAAGACUUACAAAAAAGAAAGGAAAUGUUGUAGCACAAGCAUGGUUUGUAGAUGCUGGAUGUUUUUUUAAUUCUUUUAUUGAUAUGUGUGAUAAUUAUAUUAUACAAUACACAAUAUGAAAGCUGAAUCUUCCUUGUGAAUUCAGAGCCAAAGUUGAAGUCAUGGAAUUUCAAGGAAAAACCAAUUGAUUUUUAUCAGCGAUUUUCCUUAAGCCUCGGUUUGCUCAAUCUCGGAAAUUUAGCUCAGUCAUCCCACUACGUCAUUAUUUGCAAGAUUUGAGAUACCCCAUCUCCAUCAGUACGAUUGUGGGAAUAUUCCUGUGAGUGUGAAAUGAGACUUCGGGCUGUGAAAAAGGCUGCUCUGGGUUGCAUGUUUGAUAAGCAUGCAAUCUUAUACCAAGUGCAUAAUACUCAACAAUUACAACCUGGAAAACUAGUGAAAUAACUUGUUAAUUUGCAAACGGUUCUAAGUUGUGUUCCGGAGAUCGAGUCAACAAGACAUCCUCCUAGUUUUGUCUUUGUUAUACACAAAUCUCAUGAUUGUUUUGGUUGGGAAAUUUUGCUGUACCAGAAAUCGCUGGAUAAUUUGAAAACUAAGGCUUACUCAUGCACCUACUUUUUACGUUUUUAAAACCUCAGAGUGAAGAGAACUUUCAGAAAUCUAUUCUUGCAUAAAACCAUAAGCCAAUUAAGAUUGACUUGUUAACAAAGCAAUGUUGCUGCAAGUUUUUGAGUUGAAUAAAUUUGUCAAGCCAAAGUUAUUUUGAAAGAUUUCUUAUUCUAAAGAUGUCUGUCAGAAAACUUUAUAACUGAAUCUAUUUUUGUCACUCGAAGUUAUCUAAUGAAUAAGAUAUAAGCAGAGACUAUUUCGUAGUUUGCACAGAUAUUAAAAUAAACAGUUAAUAUAUGGAUCUAAUUUUGUACUUAAUUUAAUUGUAUUGUGCUGCUGCUUGCUGCAUGGUUAAUUUAAUAUUCACAGAAUCAUGGAAUUUGACCAAGAUAUGCUGACGGUAAUGACCCAGAAUUUUUUUUAUAUAUUAGCUGCACCAGUUACACAUUUGAGCGAGCAGAGACAACUUUAUUGCUUUACCGACUAGUUGCACCACCUAGACAAAGAUGAAUAUGAUGUAUAAUGACUGCCUGAAUACUGGAAGUAUAUGAUUAGCAUUGGAUGGGAGAGGGGAUAAAAGGGGUAGCAGGUAAUCGGGAUUGGAGACUAGAGUGUGGAAGAUUGUUUUUAGAUGAAUUGUGUAUAGGACUAUUUUUGUAAAACUUGAAUUUUUUGUCGAUGUUCUCAAUUUCUCACAAGCAUUUGUUCCAAGAUAGAUUUGUAAAGAGGAAAAUGUCAUGGUGCUUUCAUUACAUACAAAACGAGUUAUCCUUCUAUUAUCUUUCUCUCUUGCUCCGAUUUCUAUCUCUGUAACUUCAUUCUUUUCGAGACCUCUGCAGUUGUCUUCUAGUUUUUGAGAUGUCUUCUAGAAUUCAAAUGCAGUUUGAUAUGUAUAAACUUUAUUCUUUUGUUGUAAAGAUUUUUUUAAAUGACGCUUCAAAAUGGCAUAUGUCUGCGAAGAAUUCAUCGCAGGGUGUGUUUGUACAUGUAGGUAGGCGACAGCAUUGAGUUGCAAAGAGCUGCAGGAAGUUCCAGAGGAAAAAGACCAGCCAGAGAUAUCUCGCUGACCAGAUUUUAAUUUUUGUCUUCAUUUAUUUAAGGAAAUGAUCAAAAUAAAAGAGAAAAGAUAACAUUUGCCUUUUCAUGAUACAAGUGUAAUUCUUUGUAAAGAUGGGAUAACUGUACUAAGAAAAGGUGUUUUGAUUUAUACUUGAGGCAGAUAUGUAAUAUAUGUUUUAUCUAGUGAAAAGUGAUUACAUUGAACUGAACUUGUUGAUUUGUGCGUACUUUGAUAUGUUCUUUUAUGUUUUGUGUAUAUGUUUCAUCUGGAAGUUAGUUUAGUUCAGUGUACAUCUUACGUUGGUCCCAUGUGCAAACUUGUCUUUGAAGGAAAACAGAACACUACAGAGGAAUUUUCAUAUUGUUUUUUGUGUAGUAUCUAAUGUAGCUUUAGAGACAAUUUUUUUUUCAUUGUGUAUGUUUCUAGACAUGGAAUCUCUUGAUGUUUGAUGAUGAAGAAAAGAGAAAUUUAAAUUUAAGUUGUGUAAUUCCUUAACCAAGUGUGUUGGGGAAUAUUGAAUAUUGUAUAGGCUGAUGAAUUAUACAGUACAUUUUUUUGUUUCUGUACAUUGCCUGUAACAAGAUAACACAAGUUUAUACGUCAACAUGAAAUAAAAUUGUAAA